UCAUAUGGUUCCAAAGCAGCUUUAAGAAUAAGUGUUUACAAACUACCCAGUAAGCAUCUAAAAAAAACAACAACAGAAGAUUAAUUGCACAAAUGUCACGAUCGUCAUCAUAGUAUUUUCCUCACCUAUCCCUCAGUUUUUUUAUCCCUCAGUUAAACCCUUUCUCUCUCAUUAUGUCACUCUGAUGUAGUGUUUUCUGUCCUUCAUCUCUCCGAGAAACCAACAAAGUCUUUUUUUUUGUUGUGGCUGUUGCUGAUUCAUUGUCUUCAAAAAAGUCUAAAAACAGUUAGAACUCAUUCCAAAUCAAAGUGCAGAGACAUCUGUACUGUCAGUACUAACACUGCACUGACAGAGGUAAGUCUGGCUACAUCUGGCCUCACAAGCAUGGUUUUCACUAUUUACGUUUGUAUGAUCUUCAUCCAAAGCAAAGAGUGAAAUUAAGCAUGUGUACAAAGCAACCUUUCAAACAGAACAUCAGAAGUGUUCUCAAUCAGAAAGUCUAAAGUGGUAUACCCUUUUUUCUUUUCAAGAGAGAAGGUUUUUUUCAUGCAUGUAGAUAUUUUCUCUCCUGUGUUGUUUUUGCAUGCUCCUUGUGAUCAUCACUGUUAUUCUUGCUGAGGAAAUGUCAAACACAUUUGGAGGAACAAAGAUCAGAUGUGGAUAAUGGGAUUGUGGAGGUGUUGAUGGGAUGAUAGCUCCACCAGCAGAGUGUGGAACAAAGGACCAUACUGACAGGUCACAUGCAGAAGAGUACAUAUUCCAGAGGUGGGGCUUGCAGACUGGGGGGAGGCUGAUAAUGGGGAGAACCUCUCCCCCAAAGGUGCCAGCCCUCGUGUCUUCAACCCCCUGCGCCUCUUCGCCCGGGGAUCUCCUGGGUUCAAGAGCAACACGAGGGAGAUAACAUAUUUGGAAAACCUAGAGGACUCCUGGGACUGGUUAUCUAACCAGACAGAUGUGAGAGAGAUGCAGAGCAGGACUAAACGCAGACCUAUCGUGAAAACAGGCAAGUUUAAAAAAAUGUUUGGCUGGGGCGACUUCAACUCCAACAUCAAGACUGUGAAAUUGAAUCUGCUCAUUACAGGGAAGAUAGUGGACCAUGGAAACGGCACGUUCAGUGUUUACUUCCGCCACAAUUCCACAGGCCUGGGAAAUGUGUCCGUCAGUCUAGUGCCACCCUCUAAGGUGGUAGAGUUCGAGAUGGCUCAGCAGUCCACUCUGGAGACCAAAGACUCUAAAUCUUUCAACUGCCGUAUAGAGUACCAGAAAACGGACCGCAGCAAAAAGACUUCACAUUGCAGCUUUGACCCGUCCAAUGUGUGUUACCAAGAGUCGACCCAGAGUCACGUCUCCUGGCUCUGCUCUAAGCCCUUCAAAGUCAUAUGCAUCUACAUAGCCUUCUACAGUGUUGACUAUAAACUGGUGCAAAAAAUCUGCCCAGAUUACAAUUAUCACAGUGACACACCAUACGCUUCCACGGGUUAAAGUCAAAUCAGGUUUGAAUCCUCGACAGUGAUAUUCAAGAGAAUUUAAACAGCAUGGUCAACCACAUGGCACCUUGCAGCAUUGAACCUCAUUUUCACCACGUGUUCCAUCUGAUUUUGUAGCAAUUAGAAUAAAUCCAGAUGUUUUGCACUAGGCUAAACUACUGGCAUGUGCUUCAACUUCUGUCUUAUGUGAAACAGCAGUCACAACAUUUUAAUGGGAAAAUAUUUUAAUUAUUAUUUUUUGGUUUAACCUAUAAGUUACCAUUAAAAAUACAGUGUGGCUGUUACAUGCUUCUAUGUAAAUCACAGCUGAAGCAUCACAAUUUGCCAACAAUUGAUCUUGAAUCAGAAACCAACCUACUUCUGUAACAUAUACAAAUAUUUGUUAUUUAGGAUUUCAUGAAGUUUCAGGCUAAAAACAGGAAGGUUUCAAAGUGCAUUCAGAAUUUGUUUUCUUUUUACUAAGUACUAAACUUCUAAACAGAAGCAAAUAGUAAUAGUAGAAUAGUACAUGUAUAUUUACACUUCAUUUAGCUUUUAUACAAAAUGACUUACAAAUAGGAAUAUAACAAGCAAAUUGUCUUAUAAAAGUCAACAAUAACUGCAGGAUAACAUUGCCAAGUUCCAAGAGUAGCUAGAGCAGUAUAGAAACUACAGCAGAAGAGACAGACAGACAGGGAAUUAUAAUUUUUAUAUUAUUAAAUAGUAAGUGCCAUUAGUGUAUACUAGUUACGUGCUUGUGGAAGAGAUGUGUUUUUAGUAUUUUUGAAGAAUAGAUUUAAAAUUAUGUACACUCACAUGAGAUGAAGUCUCUAGUCAUAUCAGUUUUAGAGAAAAAGUUGCUUUAUUCAACAUAAGCUGCUGGUCUCAUCAACAUAAGCACGGUCAUGUUAAGAUCACAUGACAAGCCGAGUAUUACCUAGAUAACUAUUAUCUCGUUAAUCCCGUUAUUGGAUGCUUUCACUCACUGAAUUAAUUAAUCAUGGUUGACUAAGCACAUUUUUUUUUUCUGUUUUAGAAUGAUGCGGCAUCUAAACCACCAUGUGUCAGCCUAAUGUAAACUCAAAUGUUGCUAUGUCAAACAAAUAUAUCACAGACUUACAGAGGAUUAAAUAUACUGUACUUGAAACACCUGUUUUCAUAUCAAGGUUUUUGUGUAGGUUUGUAAGUUUGUGUUUUUUAUUGGCCUCAAUUAUUAGCACAAAAUUGUGAAAACUAUUUUUAUGUGGAGUGUAUGCAGUUGUCAGGAUUAGUGCAAUCGGGUUAAAUCAUUCAGCAAAUACAUCACUUACAAAUUACCAUUUAGUCAUUUAGCAUUUCACAAAAGCUCUAUGUAUAAAUUGAGAUUUGUGUAUAAUUUCAAAGAGUAAUUUGUGAUGUCUCAUGAGGGCACAAUUAAUUGGACAGGUGGAUUUAGUGAAACUGGCAGCCGGUUAAAAACCCUUUGUCAUGGUCCUGCCACAGAGAUCCACAUUUUCAGGCUCUAAUUAACAUUAAUUAUAGUGGGAAAUUGCACUUACAAACCAUGACGGAGGGGACUCAAGCCAAAAAACUGAAAUGUAGUCAUGUCGCAAACCUCUAUUCAUGCCAGUGACUUUGGGCUGUAAUCAAACUCUUUCCUGUCCUUUUAAGAGAUAGAGUGUUUGUCCUAUAUUAGAGAAGUGAAGAUGUAUCUGAAUAAAAACAAUUUAGGGUAAUUUAAUAGGUUUUUGGAGUCUACCUUGUACUGAUUAUUUUUUUCAUUUAAAACACUAUGAGAGAUCAACAGAAGAAAUGCUUUGUGUAAUUUUUGUUUAUAUUCUAGUCUAUAUGUCAGUGUGACAAUGAACUACUCAAAAUGCCAUAGUGGAAUUCUCAGGUUCCAUAUGCAUAUCCCAAAUAGUUCAUGGCAAUUCAUUUACUUCUUCCUUUAUAACGGGCGACUGAUCACAGUUAUGCUCGAAGUGAAGAAUCAGAUGGAUAAUUAAUUGUACUGAUAUAACCCUGCGCCAUUGUCUUGCCUCACGUACAUGACCACCAAGACCAUAUUGACAUAAAGAUAGCCGUUUAUCAUUGUAUUUAGUUUAUAAUUCAGUGUGCAAUUCUGUGAAUAGUGUAUAAAUGUGACAAUAUAAAGGUGUGUGUAUUUUGCCUUUGAAGGAUACAUUUGUUUA